AUGUCCCUAGUUCCUUUUGAGCCAAACAAACAAGACAUGGUUAAUGAGUUUAAGGAUGAUUCAUAUUUCCCUGUACCAAAAGAAACUGAUACAAUGCAAGAAAUUACAGUUGAUAUUAAUUGCCAUAAUCAUAGGGAAAUGCUAGAUGAUUUUGAGCCUUUUAGUAGUGAUGGAUAUCAGAAUAUGGGUGAGUUUGAAAGAGAGGUUGAAGCUGAAGAAGAACAGGAUGAAGAAGAUGAACAAGGGCAUGCAGAUGAUUCAGAAGAGCAUACAGAAGAAUAUGAUGAUUUUAACUACAUUGUUGACCCAGAAGCUAUUUUAGAUGACUGGGAUGUUGAUAUGAGAGAGUUUCACAGUUGUGUGGAUGAGGUUGAAUGGUUUGGACAAGGUCCAAACAUAGAAUUAGAUUUAAAUCAAGAUGAUGAUUUAGGUGUGAUCAACAAUGAUGACUUUGAAAGUACAGGAUAUGAGGAAGACUUAAGGAAGAGAAUGUUAAAAAACCUGAACAAGAAGAUUUCUAGAUCUACGGAAGAGGAACAAUGGUUGGUGAAGACAGUUAUUGAUGAGCAUUUAUGCUUACAAAGUAGAAAUGUGAAGGCAUGUACAUCUAGAUAUCUUGCAAGCACUAUUCUCCAAAAAGUAGAUUCCAACCCUCGCAUCCCAAUAACAGCCUUACAAGAAGAGCUUCAAAUGGAUUUGGAAUUAAGCAUAUCAAGAAUGAAGGUGUUCAAGGCUAAAUCAAUUGCAAAGGAACAACUAUAUGGUGAAUACGAAAGGCAAUAUAAUUUGCUGAGAGAUUAUUGUUUGGAGUUACAAACCAAUAACCCAGGUACAACAGUGAAGCUAGAAGUGUGUAAUGAACCAAAUCCUGAUGUUCAAACUCGUAUAUUCAAGAGGAUAUACAUUUGUCUUGGAGCACUUAAGUUGGGGUUCAAAUAUGGAAAAAGGGAAUUAUUAGGAUUGGAUGGAUGUUUCUUGAAAGGACCACACCCUGGACUAAUUCUAACAGUUGUAGGUCUUGAUUCUAACAAUGGAAUAUAUCCACUAGCUUAUGCAGUUGUGGAAGCUGAGACAACAAGUUCAUGGACAUGGUUCUUAGAAUGCCUUGGUGAUGAUUUGGAUUUGGAUGCAUCAUGCAACUUCACUUUUGUAUCUGACAGACAAAAGGGCAUAAUACCUGCAAUAGCAAAAGUGUUUCCAAAUGCAGAGCAUAGAUGGUGUUUGAGACAUAUACAUGAAAACAUGAAGUUGCAAUGGAGGGGAGAAGAGUUUAGAGAUCACUUAUGGAGGUGUGUUACAUAUACAACCAUUAGACACUUUGAAAGGACAAUGGAUGAGUUCAAAGAUUUCAGUGCAGAGGCUCGUGAAUGGCUAAGUAAGAUUCCUCCAGUUCAUUGGGCUAGGUCCCAUUUCUCAGGUAGAGCCCAUUCAGAUUGUCUUUUAAACAAUUUGUGUGAAGUAUUCAACUCUAAGCUAGAGCGUGGAAGGGACAAGCCUAUAAUUACAUGUUUAGAGUACAUAAGAGUGUACUUGAUGAAGAGACAUUGCAUUGUACAAAAUGAAAUUGAUAAAUGCAAAAGUCUAUUAACCCCUACUGCAACUACUAUACUUGACACGAUUAAAACAGCUGCAAGCAAAUAUAAGGCACUCUUCUGUGGUUCUGGAAAAUAUCAAGUGACUGGUAUGAUGUUUGAUCAGUAUGUGGUCAACUUGAAAGAGGGUACAUGUAGUUGUAGGUACUGGGAGAUAACAGGGAUAGUCUGCAGGCAUGGAAUUUGUGCAAUAUGGGAACAUGUUCAAAAUGGUGAAAAAGCCCAACAACCUGAAUAUUGGGCGCAUCCUUGUUAUAAGCUAGAAACAUCGAGGGCAAUGUACUCUAACAAAAUAGAUCCAAUCAAUGGAAGGAGCAUGUGGCCAAAAUCUAGAUGUCCAACCACUCUUAUACCACCUACACAUCACACACAAGUUGGAAGGCCCAAGAAAAAUAGGAGGAGGGCUAUAGAUGAGCCUACUAACCAAUCAAAAAACCUAUCUAGGAAAUUCUUGACUGUUACUUGUUCCAAGUGUCAUAACAAAGGACAUAACUCUAGAACAUGUAAGGGGCAAGGGGGGUCAAGUCAGAGAGCAGUGGGUGGAUCAAGUUAA